AAGAUGUGUUCCCUAGCACUCUUUCCACUUCCACCUCCUCCAGGAAACAUCACCCUUUAUGAAUUCAACAAUGCCCUAGUUUCUGGUCGGAGCUAUGAAAAGCUUCCACUUACUUUCCAAGGACAGAUGGAAAGUCUUCCCACUCCCACUAUUCCCAAAGAAAACCUGAAAGCUUUCAGUCGCCUGGAACACAGCACCAAGCCGGCUUUCAUCCAUCACCAGGAGUCACUCUGGAAGAGGUGCAUCAGAGCCUGGCGCGACGUUGGAGUGGCUGGUGUGCUUGAAGAACUCGCAAAUGCAGAAGAGGAACAGGACUCGGACCAGGGAACAAACAAGCAAUCUUGGGUGGAAUCCUCAAAGGAGCUAGCUCUGCAAUGGAUGAAAUCCGGAUCUCGGUGUGCAUUAGGACUCUGCUGUUGGAUAUCCUCCCUCCAUGGCUCCUUCUUUCCCCAUUUGUCGCUGCCAAGUGAAGAUAUAAUAGCAAAAUUCUCCCAGGCUGUGGAUUGGGCAGGCUGCUCAAUCCGAGCUUUUGCGUGGCAUCCUCAUACCAACAAAUUUGCAGUGGCCCUUCUGGAUGACUCCGUCUGUGUUUACAAUACCAACAGUACUAUUGUCCCAAUCCUGAAGCAUCGUUUGCAAAGAAAUGUGGCUUUGAUGGCCUGGAAGCCACUGUGUGCAUCUAUCCUUGCUGUGGGGUGCCAUAGCUGUGUGUUGAUUUGGCACCUGGAUCCCACUUCCCUUUCUACCAGGCCUUCAUCUGGCUGUGCUCAAGUGCUCAGCCAUCCCGGCCACAGUCCCAUCACCAGCCUGGCCUGGGCUCCCAGUGGAGGAUUGCUUCUGUCAGCCUCACCUGUUGAUACAGCCAUGCUUGUAUGGGAUGUUUCCACAGAAAACUGUAUCCAGUUGCAGUGGUUUGGAGGAGGCGGGGUCACGUACCUGGCUUGGUCACCCGAUGGCAGCAAGGUGCUGGCAGCAACACCUUCAUCAGUCUUCAGAGUGUGGGAGGUUCAGAUGUGGACUUACGAGAAAUGGCCAACUAUCAAAGGUCCUUGUCGGACUGGUUGCUGGAGUCCAGAUGGAAGCCGUUUGCUGUUCACCGUCCAGGGGGAAUUUGUGAUCUAUUCCUUAUCUUUUUUGGAAUAUAGUGGAGAGCAGCAAAGGCAGGUCGGUGGGUCUAAAACAGCUUCCAUUGUGGCAGAUCUUUCAGAGACUACAUUCGAGACUCCCUACGGGGAGGAGAGGAUCGGAGGGGAAGUGCAGUCCAUGGUUUGGGAUCCCAGCGGGGAGAGGCUUGCGGUGGUCAUUCAAGGAAAUUUGGAUGCCUGCAAGACUAUCAUUGCAGUGUUUCGGACUCGCAAUAACCCUGUGUUUGAACUUCUGCCCUGUGGUUUCGUACAGGGUGAAGAUGGGGUUCAGCCACAGCUGGUCACUUUUCAUCCUUGCUUUAAGAAAGGAGCCCUUCUGACAGUGUGCUGGUCCGAUGGAAGCAUCAGCCAUGUUCCUUUCUUCUUCGUGACCGCUCAGUUUCCUUCAUUUAGUUCUGGGCAAAGUCCUCUCGUGCCCUUGAGCAGUUGGAGCAGCACCCGGGAGCAGCCGCUGUUUUCCGAACUCUGAAGGGUCAACUCUCCUAGGACUUGAAGGGCUCUGAAGGGCUCCCAACUUCUGUCUCCAUCAGCCUGGGGAGAUCCAGGACUGAUUUUAGAUUUGAUUUUGUAUGAGUGUCUUUCUUCCAUGAUCUGGGCCUGGAUUAUAUAUGGUCUGCGGUAGAGACUGGACCGAAGGAAUGCCUGCCUGCUUUCCUGAAAUGGACAAUGUUGUAGUUGUAUUUAGGGCAGAAAAUUAAACACAUCAGUUCAAGGUC